AUGGUUCAUAAUAUUCACCAGCAAAAAUGUUAUUCCAUUGAUAAUCUAACCGAUCAAUCGUCGAAAUCAUGUUUGAAUAAUAAACGUCUUUGUCCAGUUGCACAUGAUGAUUCACAAUCCAUUGUUCAUUGUAUUAAUGAUUCAGACCAUCGACAACAACGUCCUCCACCACCACUGAUGUCAAAUUCAACUAUGAUUAAUUCUCCUGCUCGUAGUAAACGUGGUUCACCAUCAAGUGACCCUGAUGAAGAUGAUUUUCAAAUUAUAACUCAUCAAAAAAAAAAAACAAAUUGA